UGUUUUCACAUAACAGGGUUGUAAUGUUUAAAGUCUCAAUAAUAGGUUACAUGAUUUAUAAGUAUUGUUGAUAUAGAUUUCCUUGGACUAUUUUAUUUUUUUCAGCUUUAGCAGUUAAUUAAAGGAUUGGAUUAUUUUGUCCCUGCAAUGAGCUGUUUGCGGAAUGGGAAACAGCGUGAUUCUUGCUUUGUGCAAAACAAAGAAAAAUAUUUAUUCCAACAAAUGUAUCGUUUCACAAAAGCAGUGGACGUAUGUGUGUGUGAGACAGAGCAGGAGGAGUGAUCCCAGCACCCAAAAUCUGCCUCCUUGUGAUGGGUAAAUUGCUUGAAGGGAGGGGCAGCGUGCCUCUCUCGGGUCUCUUUACCAACCAGUCGGCAGUCGAUAGUUUAUGAAUGAAAAAGCUGAGUAGUCUACCUACUGACGUCACACACGAGUGAACCCCCCCCCCACCACCACCCCCCACCCCCAGUGAAGGCAAGAGUGAGCUGCGGGACACCCAGCUGGAGGAGUGGGAGGAGGUCCUACCAUCGCCCCCCAUGCUCUCUGACAGUCCGAGCUCUAGGACAAACCUGAGUAGUGGCGGAGUUUUAUCACUGGACUCUCCCCUCACUUGGCGGAAUAUAAGGAAACUAACUUUUAUCAGACCUCCGGCUGUUUCUCUACUACCAGCAGUGUACAAGUAGCUGGAGUGGUCCUCCUUGAAGGAAACACAUAGAUAUUCAGCGUGAGGAGACUUUGGAUUCAAUCCACACCCUUCCCCCCGUCACCCCUUCUUCAUCCUCCUCUCCUCUUCCCUCCGACUGGCACGGAGAAGAGUCCAAGAGACCCAGCGAGGGAACGUGGGAAAGAGGAAGACGAUGUACCAAAUACUGCUCCUUUCCUCCUCCCUCUUCAUCCUUCAUGUGAUGGCCACUCCCCAGUUCUUCGCUCACCACGGGAGAAGGGUGUGCGGCAGAGACCUCCGUCACAGUGUUGUCACUACGACAGAGUCGUUCGUCCAGCCAGUGCACAAGCCCUACCUCACCCUGUGUCAGGGGCAUCGCCUCUGCAGCACAUACAAGACUACGUACUUGGUGGCAUACCGACAGGUGAACAGAGCAGCUUCUCCUUUGCAUUUCUACCCAGAUUGCUGCCCGGGCUGGAGGAGAUUUUACUCUCACAACUGCAACCAAGCUGUGUGCGGACAACCCUGUUUGAAUGGGGGUACCUGUUUAAGACCCAACCAGUGUGCUUGUCCAUUAGGCUGGACGGGACACCAGUGCCAAACAGAUGUGGAUGAGUGCAGUGAGCGGCAGCGGUGCGCCCAGCAGUGCGUGAACACAGCUGGCAGCUAUCGAUGUGCAUGCAGAGAGGGCUUCGCCCUUGCUGGAGACGGCCGUUCCUGUCAAAGCCUUCCUCCUCCAUCUCCUCCUCCUGCCACUCCUACCUCCUCAUCACAGAGCAGCCAGGCAACAGUGGGUGUGAGUCAUCACACUGAUGCAGAUGGAAAGUUUGGCUUGGUGGAGAAUGUGACAGAGGAGGUACAGAGCCUGAGGAACCGAGUUGAGCUCCUGGAAAAGAAGCUGCAGUUGGUGCUGACGCCCUUCAGCAGCUUCUUCCCACUGUCAUUGGAUGAGGGCAUGUCGGAGAAAACCACCUUGCUAUCCCACUCUUUCCAGCAGCUAGAUCGCAUCGACUCCCUCAGCGAGCAGAUCGGCUUUCUGGAGGAGCGCCUUGGCACAUGUUCAUGUCAGGAGAAUUAGCCUCUGAACAGGGCCACCAUUGUUCCAGUAAAGUUACCGUCCACGCAAACCUGCCAGACUGGACGUGCCAAGACUGCUGGCAUUUGCAGCAAAGAGAUUGCAGACGUCAGAAAGUGCCUUGGUCCUCGUUAUGCCGUGAUGUAAUCGCCUCGGAAAUCAUUUGAGAUUUUUACUAUUCCUGACAGAUUCAUUUACUUUUCUCAUUGAAUCACUGUCACGUUGUUGAUUUUCUAACAGUACCUGUGGUAGGGGGCAGUUUAACUAUUACACCACCCCAGGAACGUCUCAAUUAAACUCCCCUGUUAGGGUCAGAGGUCAAACUUGCUACUUAGUUUGUUUUUCACCAGUGCAGCUUUGUCCCAAAGUGACCUGGGGCAUCUGUAUUUAUGUAUUUAAAUUAUGAUUACUUGUAGGUCUGUCUCAGUGCGCCAAUAGACAUUUAUAACUAGUUUUGUAACAUUUUGUAAUAAAACUUCCUAAUCAAAAA